AGAUCUCAGAAAUUAGUGUACCAAUUUUAAUCGGGGUGGUCGCAAUCGAACACUUACAUCAAUAUUAUAUAACAAAAUUACUAUUAGAUUUUUGAUUAUGAUUUUAGUUUUUGAGAUAUUUUAACUGAAAGUGAAUUUGACAGCUAAAUUCCAGAUAAAACUUAGUAGCGACGUGACAUUUGCGCAGUGAAGUUUGCGUCAUUUGCAUUAUGCAGCAAAAUUCUUUAUGUAUUUGGCGUCGCGCCGCUGCCGCGUCGCUUGAUUCCUUAUAAUUAAUAAUUAAUAAUAAUCAAGAAAAUAUGCCAUUACAAUAUUUUUACAAUGUUUCUAAAACAUUACCGUAACAUUGCUAUUGAAAGUUAGCAAACCGAUGAUAAUGUGUCUGCAAUAUUGUACUGCAAUCUGCAAGUUGCUGCAAUAUUGUUAGAAUGCUUUGUGCUGUAUGGGGAGUUACUACGAUCGCACUGAGGAACAAUCCACUUUUUUUUUAAACUUCCUACCUUAGGUAUCUUAUUACAAAUAACAUUUGUAGAAAAAUCCUGUAAUGUUGUAUUAAUAUUAAUAUCACCUUAUUGACAAGGUUGCUGUAAUGUUAAUGAGAUGAGUUUAGACGAGCAUUUUUAUGUUAUUGGGAGAUUAAUGGUAGGUUAAUCUCCGUGGAAUAUUACCAUCUUACAAUUUAAGAUUAUCAUAAUCUUAUUGAGGUGUUAAUGCGAUGUGAGGGACUAUAUUUGUUUUGGACAUUUCUAAAAUAUUGCUGUAACAUUUCUUAAAAAUGUUACAAUUGUAUGUUUCUGCAAUGUCUACAGUAUUACAUUGCAACUUGUAAUGUUACUGCAUUAUUUCCGUAAUGUAACUGAAAACUGUAGUACAGUAUAAAGUAAAAUAAGGAUAAAAUAAUAAAAUUAUGUUAACAGCUUUAUAAGCAUGUUCUGAAUAUGGACCAAAGAAAAGCUAUUCUUUCCGAGUGAGUGCACUCGAUGGGUAAAUGAGAUGCAAUCCACUUGAUUAAAGCGCACGAUUAAUUACAGGCAAAAACUUGUGCGAUGCGUUAAAAGAUUACGACAGUGAGAGAUGGGGAGAGAGGGGCGCCGCGUGUCGAAGAUACUCGUGGUGAGCAGCGGCGGCGGCGGAAAUGUCAGAGGGACAUUUUGAAAAUCUUUGGUUCGGCGCAUGCGUCCUAAUGCAUUCAAGAUCUGAUGGUACUCGAUGGAGCUGCCACGGUCGUCGUCUCUAAGCUGUAGUUGUUAGUAGAAACAGUCAGCACAGUGCAUGUCGCAUCGAAUUCGAGAGGAUUUACGCGAUCUGACCAGAUUGUCGCGGAUCACCGAAUUGGUGUUGAUUGGAUUGACGACUAAUAUUCAGUAAUAAUCAGUGUGUUCUUUCUCUCACAAGAAUAAUGUUUGAAUAAGAUUUUUGUGUUGAUAGAAUUAAUAGCAAGAAAUUUUUUCCGAAAAGAGAAAUAGAAAAGAAAAGAAGUGCGUCACCCGUUACAGAGUAUUCGAUCAAUUUGUCAGUGCGCGAACAUCGAGAUUGGAGGAGAUAAACGAUUUUUAAACAAGUGAAUGUUUCAUGAGACUAAAUUCGAGACGCGAAAGAUGCCGACCGAAAAUCAUGGCCAGUCGAGAGACGGAAACGCGGAAGGAGAAGGGGACCGAAACAGCGGAAGUGUUCUACAAGGACCCAAAGAGUCCUCGAGAAGCGGUGGCAGUCACGAUGAGCCGGAUCAUCGUAAUCGUGGAUCAACUGCCACAAUGAUCCCGCUUUUACGCACUGGCCACUUCACAUCCACUUCACGAAAUCAGAAAAUCACCAAGACAGAGAAAAAUCGACAGAGACUAAUUAUGGGAAGCCGUAGAGAUACCGUCGUCGCUGCCGUCGACGUUUUUGAUAAAGAGCGGAGAAUUGGCAUUUGUGAAGAAGAAACGUUACAGAAUAAUUGUAAAAUAUCGACCGGCAAUUGCUUGGCUAUUGCGCGAUUCGCCGAGGAAUCUAACUACUUAUGUCGAGAUGAAAAGGAGAACGCGGAAACCCAUCGGGAUAGGAUACGCGCGACUGAGGGUCGUGUGUCGUGCAACUCGUCAUUGGCGACGGAGGGUAUCAGGGUGGAAGGCAUCACAUGGUGUGUACAGCAGAGAGAACAGCAGUCGCCACCACUGCGCAGGCUGGAUUCGGUCUCCGCUGACGCCGCAGCAGCGUCGUUUAGUCCCGUCGAUGCUGCCGCCGCCACGCAAAGAUGCGUCGCUGCGGAGGGCGCCGUCGCCGUCGAUGCCGCAGCGUCGAGGCUAUCGCGUAUUUACCUGAACCCUCCUCUCGUCGCUGAAAUCAACAAGGAAGAUGUCAUGGAGCCAGAAUCCAAGGAGGAAAACGAAUGUCGUUCAUCGACGCCAAGUCCCGAGUUCUACUUGAAAAGAAAUAAACGUUACAAAGAGGAUGGCAGCAGCGAAGAGGAAGCUAAGCCGGAUAGCACUUCUCUGUCUAACUACAGGUUACCAUUUUCGUAUCGCGGAACGUGGCCCAUAAGAAGAGACGUAUGGGCUAAUCAGCAGAUUGGUUUUCCGGCCCAGCAGAGCACAUCACUCGCUGCACACAAUGAUGUGGCUAGCGUGAUAAGUUUUUCAUCAUCGUCGAAUUCUGCGGGUCUCGAAAGCAGCACCGCAGAGCUACAGGGUCAUCGACGACUAGGUGCUAAGAUGGACGUCGUAUAUAAUUUAUUGGAUAUGCUCGAAAAGAAUGGCAGGGAUGAUAUGAGCACGACUCUGUUAUCUAUGAGCACCUCAGUAGACAGCUGUUUAGUGAUGAGACAAUCUGGUUGCCUGCCACUAUUAGUACAACUGAUCCAUGCGCCCGGACAGAAUCCCAACACUCGAGACAGAGCUAUGCAGGCGUUACAUAAUGUAGUGUAUGCCAAGAGCGAUGAGAGGGCCGGUCGCCGAGAGGCGCGAGUGCUUCGAUUUCUCGAGCAGCUGCGCGAUUAUUGUGCGAAUUUGAGAAUGUCUCUGGAACGUGAUCAGUCCACGGAUGACCUUGAAAAAGGUCACCCUGCGGCGACUAUAGCCGCACUUAUGAAGUUGUCCUUCGAUGAGGCCCAUCGUCACGCGAUGUGCCAGCUAGGCGGCCUUCACGCGGUCGCUGAGCUCAUUGAAAUGGAUCAUUUGGUCCACGGUAGCGAAAGCGAUGAUCAGAACUGCAUCACGUUGCGACGAUAUGCGGGGAUGGCGUUGACUAACUUAACCUUUGGCGAUGGCAACAAUAAAGCACUGCUUUGCUCCUUCAAGAAAUUUAUGAAAGCAUUAGUCUCGCAACUAAGAAGUCCUAGCGACGACCUUCGACAAGUAACGGCCAGCGUCCUAAGAAAUCUAUCUUGGCGUGCUGACAAUAACAGUAAACAGACUCUGAGAGAAGUGGGUGCAGUGUCAGGCCUAAUGAAAGCUGCCAUGGAAGGCCGUAAAGAAUCUACUCUCAAAUCCAUUUUAUCCGCUCUAUGGAAUUUAUCGGCCCAUUGCAGUACAAAUAAAGUAGAUAUCUGCGCUGUUGAUGGCGCGCUAGCGUUUCUCGUGGAUAUGCUCAGCUACAAAGCGCCAUCCAAGACGCUCGCGAUAGUUGAGAAUGCCGGCGGUAUUCUGAGAAACGUAUCAAGCCACGUAGCAGUGCGAGAAGAUUAUCGAGCUAUUGUGAGAGAAAGAGGCUGUUUACAAGUUCUCCUACAGCAAUUAAGAUCGCCCAGUCUGACAGUGGUCAGCAACGCCUGCGGAGCGCUAUGGAACUUGUCUGCGCGUUGUCCUCAAGAUCAACGGCUUCUUUGGGAUUUGGGGGCCGUGCCGAUGUUACGCAGUCUCGUUCACUCUAAACACAAGAUGAUCUCGAUGGGUUCUAGUGCGGCUCUGAAGAAUCUGCUGAGUGCCAGGCCCGGGUGCAACAAUCUCGUUCACUUGGACUCUACUGCUCGUGGACUGGGACUAUCAACCCUACCAAGUCUAGUUACCCGCAGACAGCGAGCUUUGGAGCAGGAGAUCGACCAGAAUCUGGCCGAAACGUGCGAUAACAUCGAACCGAGCACCUCACCGACCAACAAAGAUGAUAAAUUCACAUUCAAGCUCAAUCAUAGCUUUCUCGGCAUCAAUGCUCAUAGUUUGCACUCCUAUCAGUUACACAAUCAGUCCAGCACAUCUAUGAAGUCCAAUGAAGUUAUUAGGAGCGAAAGCAGAGACUCAAUGCAUUCCGUGACGAGCACGCAUUCCGACACCAUGUUCGAACAGGUGAAUCGUCACGUUCUGAACGGGUCAUCCACCGACUCGCAAAUGAAGCAACAAUCAUCAUCGCUGCAUUCCACCGUCGAAUUCGAUAAUAACGGCAGUGAUGAUGUUCACGCAAGAACCACCUCUUCCGAGAAGAAAUACGCUUUGCGUUACGAGAAUGUAAUACCGGACCAACUGAAAUCAUCUGACAUUUUUGAUCCGGCGUUAAAUGAACUGAGAUGUACAAAUUCUACUAUAUCAUGGGCCGCAAUACCUAAUGAAGAAUCUUCUCAGACCUCGCUGCACUCCUCCAUCGAAAACAACGCAUCUGUGAUUAAUCGAAGCGUGUCGUCUUCAUCUAAAACUGGAAGUCAAUCCAGCAUCUCCGAGGAAGUCGGAGCGACUGUUCAAGGUAAAGCGGAUUAUCGGCAAGCAAUCGACAGUUCAAAGCCGGCCUCCUAUUUGUCCGAUGUUCCUUCUAGGAAAGAGAAUGCGAAGAAAGUCCUAUUGCCUCAACAUGACGUGUUAAACACCAUUCAGAAAGCGAUGUCGCCCGCAACGAUUGUUCAUAGUCCGGAUAAUAGUUUAUUCGGUGAUUACGCUGAAACAGAUUUAGAUCAACCAACCGACUAUAGUUUGCGUUACGGCGAGCAAAAUAUUGACGAUGAAAAACAACAUUCCAACUUUUUCUUGGGCAACGAUCAGGAACUCCUGCAUGAAGAUACGGUCAGGACUUACUAUACGGAAGGAACGCCACGUGAAAGGUCCUUGAAUUCGUCCAGGGCUACUUCCGCCUCUGAUCUGCAGGAUGAUAAUCGUAUAAGUUCAUUAAAGAAAUUACCGGAACGAUAUAAAGCGAAAUACGUGGAGAAUCAUGAUGAAUGCACAGCAUUGUCCUUGACAGACAUAUUGAAACCAAGCGAUUUCGAAACGGAACUGAAUUUACGAGACAUGACACAUCUUACGGUCGAUAAAAGUGCGACUCGUUCAUUACCCUAUCUCGGAGAAGAUUUAAGACAGCAACUUAAAGGCAAUCGAGAAAACACAGCCGUGCAAAGCUAUUCAGGUGUAAGAACGACGCCAAUUUCGAUGCUAUUGGGAAGUUUUGAAUACAAUGAUGAUCAUGAUGGGAAAUCUAAUUCUAAGAUUAAUAGUCUGGAUCCCAAAUCAAAUAACUGCAAAGUAAACAAGGAUUUACUAUCAAGUGACAUUGAACUCUCAUCAAGCAGUAUUCGUUUAAAAACUUCUAAUGAUUCAGGAUAUCAAAUUAGCGACGAGGAUGAUGAAGACUUACUAGCUGCUUGUAUUAACAUUGGAAUGCAAAAUAAUCGGCAUAGACAUUCUUUCAUAGGAAAUAAUCUUGAAAAACUUCCUCGAGCGGAAACUAAUUUGACUCGAUAUCAAACUAGUCUUGCUUUGGAUCAAGUCGAAUAUAAAGGAACUGCAAUGUCCGAUAAUUCAUCAUUUAAUAUAAAAUAUAUGAAGUCAUGUGGAACCAUUGAAAACGGUUUAACGAAGAACGGAGAAGACGAAAGACAUAAUAACGAAAAAUUGUCGAUAAAAAACAUUCAAUUGGAAACAGCCAUAGUAGCAACAAAUGUGAAUGAUGAAUAUAGAUAUGAGAAAUCAAAUAACACUAUAACCAGCAAAACGGUAAAUGAUAAUGUCAGUAAUAAUAUCUUAGAAGAGGCAAUAUCUCUACAGGAAUUUAAUACAUCCUUAGAUAAAAACGUUCGCAAUAAUUUUGUUGUAAUUAACGAACGUGGCGCAGAUCAAAAGGACUCAAUUAGAGUAGACGCAACAGCUGAUAUUCGGCUCGCAGGUAUAUCAUCUAUGAAGCAAUCAAAAGAUUCCGAGAGCAGUGAGUCAAUCGAUUCUGUCGAACAAUCUGAACAUGCUCUUUUAGAAUUGUGUAUUCAACCCGGUAUAAAAUCAGAAACCAAUAUUGGUUUCAAUCAAAGCAACGCAGAUUACAUUAAGUCGCAAUUGAAGUUGCACCACAAACAAAUAGAUUUUAUAAAACGAAGAAAUAAUGAUAAAACCGAGAUUGACGGUAAUAUGAGCGAAAAACUUGAAGCAACCUUCCAAAUUGUGAAAACUUCGGACAUUCUGCAUCGCGAUAAUGCGGAAAAGCAUAUAAAAGAAGAGACAUAUAGACGACAAAGAGAUCCCGAUGCUAUGAUCGCUUCGUUAGAUCGAUUGACGGCAACUUUAGUUCAACAAACCGAAGCAAUACGCGAAAGAGAUUCCGGUGUGAUGAAACAGAGUCUGACGUGCGACACAUGGAACGAGGAUUCGCCCAAUGAUGUUUCCUUUCCUAGCAUUAGCAUGAGUGCGCCACUGGCUGCUUCGUUCAAUAGUGACACACAGGACGAACAGCGCACCACCAUAUCGGAAAACAAUGAGCAAAUCAAUAUGACAGAGUCGAAAAUCAUCCAGCGCGAAGCUAUUAAGUUAGCGCAGGCGGUAGACGCAGAGUCAAACAAUCAGCACGAACUUGAGACAACGAAUCUGACAUCUAUCGAUCUCGAAGUGAUCAAACCACCGUCCUCAAUGGGAAGUUUACUUUCAUUAACGGCAAGCUAUGUUGACAAUACUGAGACAUUUGAUAACCGAGAUAGAUGUCAUUCCACAUCACUACCACUGAAAAAUGCCAAUGAUCCUCGCAACGUGCGGAAGAAAUCUCUGCCGAUCGGUGUAGUGGCCAAGCGAGCACUCGGCCAGAAUCAGAGUCAUACAACUAGCUUGGAAAAUUUAUUGAACGAGUGUACCAGUUCACAUCUGGAGAACGUCAAGCCACCAUCUAUGAUGGAUGAACUACCAGAUGUGGUUGACAUGGAGAACAGUAUGCUAAGCGUGGCUAGUAUCACGUCGGAGAUCGCGGAUUCAAAGGAGCAGGACUCUCACAGUCUGACCGGCAGCGACCCAGCAGUGUUCGAAAUGUUAAAACCGGUUGCCAACGUACUAUCCAUGACGUGCAUGCGUUACGUUGAGGGUAUGCAGACCAGCGCAAGUAACAGCUUGAGCGAAUGUCUGGAGAACAUCAAUCCGCCAUCCUUGUUCAACGAGGUAACUGAGAUGGACGAAUCCACAAUGGAGGCAACCACCGACACUAUGUGCAGCGACACUCUGUGCAUAGACAUGGAACUAUAUACCGAAGCAAUGCAUUCAAUUGUAGCAGAGGUGAUCGACGAGACAGAGAAUGAUACUGACGAGGCAGCCACGCCGAUUUCAUCCGAGUACUGUGUCAGCAGUUCGACAGAAUCGACGCCAAAGAGGCGGCCGCACUCGAGAAGCUAUUUAACUCCAAAACAAAAGCGAAACUUAGCAAAAGAGAGGUACAAGACAUAUACCAUUGCUGCAGAGAUCGUCAAAAAGGAAGAGGAGGAACGCCGAAGGCAAAGCAGCAAUAUUAAUAGUGCUGAUAAUAGAAUUCCACGCGGAAAGUGUUCUCCUUUUUCAAAAUUGACGCCCAAGCAACGCCGACAAGAAAAUAGAGCAAGAUUCCAGACUCAAGUGUUGGAGAAUCCUUUCUCGGAUCUGCAUGUGACCCAAACCAAAAAAGAAGUGGUGCACAAAAUCACCGUUGAAGAUACUGUUGAGAAACAAGAAGCUAUGUCUCCCGUUAAGUCUUUGAUCCCUAUGUUCACCAAGUUGCCCGUGUGCAAAACAUUCAGAAAAAAACGUGGGGAUUUGCAGGAAAACAAGGAGCGGUAUCGUACGAGGACACUGAAUAAUUUGGAAACCAUGUUCAAGGAGAUCGAACACAAUUCCGCUUCGAGCAUUAGUACGGCGGCAGAGGGGCAAAGUGCGAGCGUGCAGGAAUACCCGCAAGAGAAGAUUCAGAGCAUGCUAGAACAAAACGCCACUAUUGUAUUGAAGACUCUAAAUGAGUCAGAUAAAGCUAGUAAUUCUGGAGAUGAUAUUCUGCAUUGUGAGACUGUCAUUUUGGAGUCGAAUGAUGCCGAGUCAGAUCAUAAUUUAAGAAUGAGUUUCGUUAACAACAUCCAAACUUCCACGACAAAUGUCGAUAAUGAGAAAUUGAAAGACGAGCACAUAGUAGUCGCUUAUGAGAACCCGGGCUCGACGGAUCCAGUUGAUUCGGACAGCGAUGAGGAAUCUAAUUGCGCUGAUGAGGGACAAGAAUUCAAAGAGACAAAAAAGCCGCGGAUAAUCAAGCCUAGUGUGCCAGAUCGAGAUUCGAGCAUGGAUUUCUUCAAUGGGACGGAUAAAUCCGAACCUGAGAGUCCGAAGGCAAUUCGAGGACGAAGAAAGGCGCUCUAUUCCAAUCUGAUAACGCGAAAGCCAACUUCGCAAUCAUCGCCUUUGAAGCAAGUGAACUCUGUCAGUGGGAUACCGAUAGGUCGCUGUAAUACUUCUCCUAUUGUUAGAGCUACCAGAGCCACCACUUUGCGGCAAAAUAAUAACAGUACGAUGGUUGCUACGAAGGACUUCCCAAAAUGUAACAUGAGUCCAAAGAGAAUUUCGCCUUCUACAGACACGGAAAAAAAGGUUCGAAAUUUAACAGCCGUAUCCAAAAGAAUAUCCGCGUCUCAAAAGGGAUCUGCAUUGACUUUCACAAAAGUCACCAAGCGACAUAGUACAUCCCCAACUUUCUUGUCGAACCAGAACGAUAGCAGACGGUCAGAAGUUCCAAACAAGCUGUUAGAACGUCAAGGAACUUUUACAAAAGACGAACCGGAGGUCGAGAAUGCUCCGACAGUACAUUCCGCGUCCUAUUCUCCAAUAAAGACGAAAAUCGCUAAACCAAUAGUCGGGGGUGCUUCGCCAAAGAUAUAUCAAGCAGGAAAGUCUAAGAUCUCGGUGAAGGUGCAUCAAGAUCAGCCAAAAAUGAUGCUAGCUAAUAAUUCCGAAAAAAUGCAAUCGUCUAAAGGAUUAUUAAUGACACCGAAGAAAGUAUUAUCUGGGAAAAUAGGUAUGCCAAUGAAAGUCCUGAAUAGUAAUGCACUCCAGAACGACAAAACCAAAAAGAUUGAUCCACUGGGACAACGAUCUAACAGCAACUCUAGCAUAGUCUCCAAUUCAUCUACGAGUGUGCAAAAUCGUAAGUUGGCAAAGGAGGCAACGAGCAAGAUUGCAAAUCUUUGGAAGAAGGUCGAGGAAAGUAAAAACAGGCAACGUUUUGAGAAACCGGACACUAGGCAAUGGAUAAAACCUACCAAUAGCGUUACCGAAGUGAAUGCCUUAACUGCUGUUAAUGAUCCACCGGCAUACAGACUGUUCCGCAGUUCCACAUUUGAGGGAAUUUCUAAAAAAAAUGGCAACAUUGCCGAAAUGUCUUACAAAUCUAAAUCCAAUCGACCGAUUUCAGGUGCACAGAUUGAAUCUGGCGGCUCCAAAUACAGGAAUUCCUGCGAUUUAACGACCAUGAGUGUCCAUGAAAUAUCCUGUGAGAACCCGAUGAAAUCCUCCGAGACAUAUAAACAAGAGAUCACACAAUUGAGUGAUAUCCUGGUGACCAUGAAGAAACAAUCAAACGCUGAUCUUGUAACGGACGCGGACUCUAUUAAGAGGAUAUCUAGGCUUGGUUCUUUUAUCCGUGUUGCGGAUCCAACGAUAGUGGCGAGAGAAAAUAGUGGCAAUAGCGGCAUACGGAUGCCAGCUUCAGCGAUUGUACCACCCUUCAAUUACAAUCCGAAGCCAGACAUUCCAUCACAAGCGGUCAAAAUUAGGUCGGAUGAAGAUCAAGAUAAAUUUGAGACAGCGGAUUGCCACGCGAAAAUCGCCUUAGGAUCCGCUCGGGUAACAACGGUAUAGGAGGAAGAAUCUUUUUAAUAAAGCGCGAAUAAGUUUUAUAAUAUUCGUCUUCUUUUCGUUCUUGACUAGUCAUUGUGUAUAUUUGUUUACUCUAAUUUGUCUACCCGCAAAUAUUCGUCGCACGUGCAUUACAGAUAACUUUAACCAUUUUCUUGUUUAUCUUGUUAUGUGCGGUGUACAAAUUCUUCAAUUUUAUUCAGAAUAUCAAAUCCAUACAGCACAGAACAUUCCAGCAAUGUUGCAGCAACUUUGCAAUAUUAUUACAAUAUUGUUGAAAUGUUAUAUUGCAUUUUGUGUUAUAUAGAAAAUAGCUAUGGUAACAAUCUUUCAUACAGUACAGAGCAGGCAUUCCAGUAAUAUUGCAAUAUUACUGUAUAUUGUAUUUUGUAUGAAAAGUAAUUAUGGUAAUGCUGUAUUCUGUGCCGUAUGGCUCAUAAUCUUGUAUGCAUUGAGAUGCCAACUUCUUCAAUAACCAUGUGAAAUAUUAAUAGGAAAUUUCACAUUCUUAUCCAUUUUUGUCCGUUUUGUGCGUGUAUGUGCACGUGCGUGUGCGCGCGCAUACACACACGACGAUAUAGAAUAAUUCCAAGUUUGAAAGACUAGUUCAAAAAUCCAUUGUGCACAGCAAUGAUUCUAAUCAGUUAUUUAUUCAAUUUUGUACGCGCGCGCGCGCGCGCGCGCGCGCACACACACACACACACACACACACACAAACAAACAAACACACACCUCAAUAUAAGAAUGAAGGAUGUAGAGAGUUUUAGUAACAUGCGUUUAAACUUACAUAUGAUGUGGAGCACAAUGCGCUGGUGAUAUAUUGUUAAUGAUACACCUUCGUAUUUGAGAGAGGAGGGGGUGUGAAUGAGAGAGGAGGGGCUGUGAAUGAGAGAGGAGGGGGUAUGAAUGAGAGAGAGAGAGAGAGAGAGAGAGAGAGAGAGAGAGA